CGUCAGUCAGUAGCUUAGUGUCUCGGUGAACACACGCGCACAAACUCACAGCUGGAUACCGAUGAAGGUCUUAUUAGCAACAGCCGCCUUAUUGGCGGCUUGGACACACGGCCAUGAAAUAGAGAAACGACAGGCCAGUGAGCCGGAGCGCCGCGUGGUCUGCUACUACACAAACUGGUCGGUGUACAGACGGGGGCUGGCGAAGUACACACCGCAGAAUAUCAACCCUUACCUGUGUACUCACCUGGUCUACGCCUUUGGAGGACUCACCGACGAGUUUGAGGUCAAGCCUUUCGACACGUAUCAGGAUAUUGAGCAAGGCGGCUACGCAAAAUUCAACGGCCUGAAACAGUACAACAAGGGCUUGAAGACCCUGCUGGCGAUCGGCGGCUGGAACGAGGGCUCGGGGCGUUUCAGCGAGCUCGUGUCCCUCCCGGAGUACCGCAAGACGUUCAUUAUCUCGGCCAUUAGGCACCUGAGACGCUACAACUUCGACGGCCUCGAUCUGGACUGGGAGUACCCGGCGUCUCGCGAUGGCUCGGCGCCCGAGGACAGGGAGAACUACGCUGCGCUGGUCAAGGAACUCCGCGACGCCUUCGAAGACGAAGGAUCCAAGGUCAAGAAAGGCAAGCUCCUCCUCACCAUGGCCGUCCCAGCGGGUCAGAACUACAUCGAUAAAGGUUACGACGUUCCUUCUCUCUCCAGAGACCUGGACUUCAUCAACAUUCUCAACUACGACUACCACAGCGCCUACGAGCCUACCAUUAACCACCACGCCGCCCUCCUCCCCGCCCCUGGCACCUCCGAGUACGAGUGGAACGCCCAGCUGAAUGUGGACUGGACUGUGAAUUACUACAUCUCCCUCGGCGCAGAGAGACAGAAGCUGGUCAUCGGCAUCCCGACAUACGGCCGAUCAUACACGCUUCUCGAUGGGAACUUCACCGAUUUCGGGGCAUCAGCUGACGGUCCGGGCGAGCAAGGGAAAUACACCAAAGAAAACGGGUUCAUGGCUUUCUACGAGGUUUGCGAAAAUAUUGCCUCAAAUGGAUGGGAAGUGAGGAAACCUUACCCUCGUCGCAUCGGUCCCUAUGCCUUCAGUGGUGACCAGUGGGUUGGCUACGAUGAUGAGAAGAUUGUUGCCAGAAAGGCGGAGUACGUGCGCGAACAGGACCUCGGUGGCAUCAUGUUCUGGAGUCUCGACAACGACGACUUCCGAGGCAUUUGCAACGGCGAGCAGUACCCGCUCGUCGAGGCAGGCAAGAAGGCGCUCUUCGGGGCCGACGACACCAAGAGCAACGAAGCCAGAAGACUCGAAGCGACGCCAAGCACAAGAGGCGGUGCAUCGGCCUCAGACUCCCAGCGCUCGAGAGACAGGUUCCGAACCACGACCCAGGAACCAGAGCCGCAAGAGCCGCCCGUGAGGACGCGCCAACGGACCCCCGCCACGAGAACCCAAGACAGCACCCCCGCCACGCGCACCAGAACCCGGGGGCGCUUCCGAACCCAGGACGCCACCACCACCACCCGCGAGCCCUUCCGAACCGCCGAGGGAGGUUCUCGCGACGACGCCGGCCAAAGGGUUCGCGGUGGAACCCGGUUCAGGGACGCUAGACCGCAGACUGACACUGAUAGAUCCACUAGAAUUCGCGUCAGCAGCGACAGGCCCCGCACCCCCAGCCUCUCCUCGCGCCUCAACCGCCCACGGACAAGGACCACGCCCGCCCCUACCACCACCACCACCACGCCCAGGCCCACCAGAGCGACCACGCCCGCCCGCGUGCCAGGACGUCGCCGCCGCCCAGGAGGCCGCCCACAGAACAGGCGUCAACAGCAAGCCACCACCAUCGACCCCCUCAACACGCCCGCCCCGCCCACGACACCAAGUCCAUCCACUGGCUUCUCCUGCAAGCGCGAAGGCUUCUACCCCAACCCUGACAACUGCCACAAAUACUACUGGUGCCUGGAUUCCGGUGCCUCGGGACUUGGCAUUGUGGCACAUAGCUUCACCUGCCCCUCGGACCUGGUGUUCAACAAGGUGAUUGACGGCUGCGACCACCCCGACCGAGCCAAGUUUCGACCGAGAAGAAGAGCCGUGGGGGGGCAGGGGCGACGACCCCCCGCUCCUCCACCCCCAUCCCCACCACCACCGAGAUCCCCGCCGACUACUCCUACUACGACGACUACUACUACGACUACGACUAAGGAGGACCUGACGGAGCCCGAGGCGGUGGAGCCCGUGUCGAACGCCGUGGCAAGGAAGAUCCACAACUCCGGCGGGAACCAGUUCGUGGCCUCAGACGCCCCCGCCGACGAGCCAGCCCCUUCGUCAGGCAGUCCCGGCAGCCGGUCCAGACCCCAGUACCAGAGCAUCGCCAGAGAGAGACCGCAGGCGCCCCCCGCAGCGGCGGCAGAGGAGGAGAGCCCGUCCGCCGCCCCCGAGACACGAGGCGACCCCCUGCGCCAGUACACGACCAUCCAGCGGCAGCGCCCGCCCGCCCAGGCCGCCGCCAGGGCCCAGGAGGAGGCGGAGGCCCGCGAGGCCGCAGGAAGCGCCGGCGGCAGCGCGGGAGGACGUCGCAACUACGUGACCCUCGAGCGGCGCCGUCGCCCGGGAGCCGCGUCCGAGGCCACGGAGGCGCCCUUCGAGUCCUUCGAGCCGACGCAGCCCGCCCUUGAGUACGUGACCAUUCGGCGUGACCGUGACAGGACCCCUAUUCCCCCCUCCCCCUCUGACACCACCCUCUCGCCCUCCUCCCCCCUGGAGGAACCCCAGCAGACGAGGGUCGCCCAGGGCCCCACCACCCCCAGGUACGUGACCCUGCAAAGAGGUCGCGGCACGACUCCGGAACCCGCCACGACCGUCGAGGAAGAGAUCCCCACGACCUUUGAGGAGACGACCGUCGCUUCGACCUUCCCCACCGGCGAUGACUUCGGAGUAGCUAGUGGUGGCGCAGCGUUUGAGGAUUACUAUUACGUCGACGACCUUUCCUACGAUGAUGAAGCAGCCACCUCUUCUCCUGCAAAGCCACAAACCAUAUCCGAUACCACUACUACUCCCACAACCACAAUUACCACACCUAUCCCAACAACAACCACAACUACCUCCACCACAACACCGCCGCCAACUACCCCAACACCUAGGACACCCAGGCCCCGAACACGAACACGCGUCAGAGGCCGCCCAGUAACAGGCUCCAGCAGCCGCCGCCAGGAGUCGUCUGCAGGCUCUGGGGGGCGCAGGACCUCCACUCUCCGCCGCCGCCUGCCGUCCUCCACAUCCACCACGGCCGAGGAAGCAUCUGUCACAAGAGCGCCCUCGGCUAAAGAGGAGGUUGUGGAGGAUGUAGAGGUGGCGCGAGAGGAGAAGGAGGUUCAGGCGACUGCCACAGGUGCCAGACGACCCGGCGGACUGAGGCCCAACAGACCCAACCCACAGACACGGAGAAGGAUUGUCGUAAGGAAGAGAGUCGGAGACGACGCCAGAUCAGAUCAAGCUGAAAGCCCGACGUCCCGCCCUGCAAGGAUCCGGCCGCGCCCGUCCGCCUCGCCCCGCCUCACCACGCCCCGCGCCCUCAUCCGCCCCCGCCCGCGCCCCUCCGCCACCACACCGCCGCGCCGCCGCCGCGCCGACCACCCUCGAGCCCGCCUUCGUCGAGGAGGAGACCUUCGCGCCCGAGGAGGACUUCGUGCUCGACACCACCGCCGUGCCAGAGACUUCGGUGAGGCCCACCUUCAAGUCGCUCCUCAGCCCACGCCCCAGGCCCAGCACCACGCCCGAGCCCAGGACGCCCGAGCCCAGGACGCCCGAGGCCACCACGCCCGCACCCACCACGCCCAGACUUCUGAGUCCUAGACCCACCGCUGCCAGGCCGGUGCGCCCGCGCCCGUCCUUCCGCACCACCACCCCGCGCCCCUCGACCGCCCGCCCGCCCCCGC